CGGUUGGGUCUUUGGACGUGGACGGUUGGCCACAUUGUUCAAACAAUUUCAUUCAACUUUUUUGCUUGUUGACAAUUUUCUCUUAAGUUGACGCUUGACGUUGCAUUUUCCGGCAUUUAUCAAAAACCUUCUUGAGCAUCCGCUUUGGGGUUUGUUUUACAACUAAAAAAGAUGUAAUGGUUGCGUUAUUUCGAUAUAGUGGUGGAGUAUAUACUUUUCAACAUAAGUGAAUGCCUCAAAAGUUAUGUCCAGCAAUACUGCAAAUGGUAAAGUAAGAGGCCCUGGCCGGCCUCCUAAAAAGGCAGUAUCAUGUACAUGGUGCAACGAAACGAAGCAGCCACUUCAAUACGUAUUUCCUACCACAAAUGGCAAGAAAGAAUUUUGUUCCAAGACUUGUUUAGCAGAAUUUCGUAAAGCAUAUACGAAAGGUGGAGCUUGUAUUCAGUGUGACAAUUUAAUAAGAAGCAACAGCAAUCCCCCUUCUAAAGAUUACUGCUCAACAUAUUGUAUGAACAAGCAUCAGAAAACUUUACAAUCAAGAGUUGCAGCAGUUGCCCCAACAACUCCUUUAGAAGGCUCACCUGGACCUUUUCAAUAUGAGACAUAUCAACAGUUUGACUGGGAAGAGUAUCUGCGGGAAACUAACAGUAUUCCAGCACCACAACAUUGUUUUAGGCAAGCUCUAAAUCCACCUUUAAAUGAUUUUAAAAUUGGAAUGAAAUUGGAAGCUCUAGACCCAAGGAAUGUCACAUCAACAUGCAUUGCAACAGUUAUAAGUAUACUGGGACCCAGAUUAAGGUUAAGGUUAGAUGGUAGUGAUAACAAAAAUGACUUUUGGAGACUAGUAGAUUCUAGUGAAAUUCAUCCCAUUGGCCAUUGCGAAAAGUCUGGUGAAAUGUUGCAACCUCCUUUGGGUUUCCGCAUGAAUGCAAGUUCAUGGCCUAUGUUUCUACUGAAAACUUUAAAUGGAGCAGAAAUGGCCCCAUCCAAAAUAUUUCAGAAGGAGCCUCCCAUGCCGAGAUCAAACCUUUUCCAAAUUGGUCAAAAAUUAGAAGCAGUUGACAAGAAAAAUCCCCAACUUAUUUGCUGCGCUACGGUUGGUGCUAUAAAAGAUGAUCAGAUACAUGUUACAUUUGAUGGAUGGAGAGGAGCAUUUGAUUAUUGGUGUCGGUAUGACAGCCGGGAUAUUUUUCCAGUUGGUUGGUGUGCAAAGUCUGGCCAUCCAUUGCAGCCUCCAGGACAAAAGAAUACUCCUGGCGCAAAUAGAUUCAGGUUUAGGCCAGCAUUUAGUGUACCACCUCUUACCCCUCCAGUCAGUUCUUCUGCACCUGAUAUUGUGCAAUCACCAGAAGCGGACACAUCAGCACCUUCACCACCCCCAACUGUGAUCUACAUUAAUAAAACAUGUUCUGGAGGCAACCUUUUCGACACCAGUCAAUUGCCGAGAGUAAUAGAGGAUGUUUCACUCACUACCUUGAUAAAGAAACUUAUUAUUCAUUUGCUUGGAAUUUCCAACAAAUCUGAAAAAAUUCUGGCUCGGUUGGGUGCAUUGCAAGGUGACGAGAUGGUCAUAAGUCAUGAAGGAAACACAUUUACAAUAAAGUUGCCUCAUUUUGGUUCUGUGGGUGACUUGAAUGGAGUGUUUCAAACGCUAAGUCAGGCUUUAGGGUGUUGCAGUAAUCUAUUCAGCUUGGAGGAAGAAAUAAAAGAGUGUUCCCAAUGUGAAGAGAAAAAGUUAUCUCAACCUCCUCCUGCCAAGAGGAAGCCUCCAGAACAAGAAGCUGCUACAUCAACAACACCCGCGGAACCUUCAAACAUUUCUGAAACGCCAAUGGCAAACUUGAGCAAAAUUCCCACACAAGAAUGGGGCAUUGAAGAAGUCAUUCAGUUUAUUGAAGCUACGGAUCCCUGCCUAGGAGUGCAUGCUGACUUGUUUAGAAAACAUGAAAUUGACGGCAAGGCUUUCCUGUUGCUCAACUCGGAUAUGAUGAUGAAAUAUAUGGGCCUCAAAUUAGGUCCAGCACUAAAAAUUUGCAACUUAGUUUCUAGGCUUAAAGGUAGAAGAUUUGCAUUUUAAAUAGUGUCAAUUCAUUUUCCGUCUAGCACUGUUCCGUACUUGGUGGUAUACUACAGUUUUUCUGUUUAGAGAUUUAGUUAAAUUUUGUUAAUUAUUCUGGUUUGACUGCUGGAAAAUUUAUCUGUAAAGUGCAUUGGGGCCUAAGUAACUAAAUAUUUGCAAAAGUUUGCACCCUCCACGGUAAGGUAAUCAUUUGAUUAGAUCAGUCAACGAUGUCAAAUAGUAAUUGAUUCUGCAUACAAAACACUGAAUGGAUAAAAUCUGAUGAAUCAGUUUGCUCUUAGCAUUGUUGUUAUGAUUUUUUUUAUUUCCCCUACCAGAUCAAAAAUACAUUUGUUUUAAAUGUAGAAUCUGGCGAGGUUGAAACAAAGGAAAUUAAAUUUCGUUAUCAAUCAAUCGUUUUUGAAAUGGGUAUUUCAUAAUUUCAGAAGGUGAAAAAGUAUUAAACAAUACUUAAAAUAACUUGAAAGAUUACUUUAUAGCAAUUGUUGAAGAUCUUCAUGAACGGAGGUUUUCUAAGGGUAAAAUAUAUUGAAUUUCGGUUACCAUUUUGGAAACUUGAGGAAUAUCAUAAUCACAGACUACUGCCUCAGAAGUUAUCCACUGUUUGGAAAAUACCAAUCAGUGACCACAUGUUCCUCUGAAAUGUUGAAAUUGUUAAGCUACAUAUUUUUAAACUGACCUACAAAAAAGGGGGUAACAGUAUUGCUGGUUGUAUUGGCCAAUAUCAGCUAUAAGAUAAUGUAGUCAAAUAAUUUAUCUGUUACCGAGAAGACACGGAGUUUAUAGUGGAAGAGAUAUAUUUUAAAAAUUUGUUUACUAGACAGAAUAUUUAGGGUCCAAAAGCUUUUCACUGAUUUUGACUUUUUGCAAUUAAAAUAACACAUGUGAUUUUAUUUUAGCAGAGGUGAUGCGCCUGUGAGUUUUUGCUAUCAUGAAGAAUAUGUUAGUAAACAUAUUGUAUGGUGUUAAUUGCAAAUCAUAGACGUAAUAAAGGAAGUCAUAUUUGUUUACAGGUGUUGUUACAAUGCUGAAUUAAUUUUUGGGCUGAUUGUCUCCCAAAUCAUUCUCUUGGGGUAGCAUGUAAAUCUAUUUUACUUUUCCUAUCUUUUUGUCAUAAUGUUUUUUCAGACCUUCAGGUUUUACUAUAGAGUACUGUGAUAUCACUAUCUCAGGGAAAAAUGUGUAAUUCAUAUUUUUUCAAAAACAUACUUACAUUGUGCUUAACACUCAUUCCUUAGACAGCAUGCGGCUCCCCAAUAAGUUUAACAGUUAAUUAAUGAUAUCCUCUUUGACAAAAUAGAAUUAAUUUUUCAGAAACUUUUUCUGUUUUAUUAUUGUUAUUGUUUUAUUAAUUUCUGUAUUUGUUUUCGUUUUUUCUCGAUUUUCAGAGUGUUGACAGAUGACUCAAAUAAGUAUGGUUCUCAAAAUCGGUUAAAAUGAACACUUUUUUUUUUAAUUUGGAAUCUGUCAUUUUUAUUUAUCUUGUUUAGGCAAGUGCCAAAUCACAAAAUCAAGAAAUGGCGUGUUACCUUAGAAGUAUUGUGUUAACUAUAAUUAGUACAGGAAAAAUGUACUAAAUGCCAAUUUUCCUUUUUGAUCAUUUAAUAUCCAUUUUGUAUAUUUAACAUACACAAAACUGUUCUUUUGAUAUCUGUUAGAAACAAAUGCUGUAAUAAAGCAAAAGUGUAGCAUACCAAUUUUUAUUUCUAAUCAUUUGUUAAAACUUUAAGUAAUCUAAUAUAUCAUUUUUCUUUAUAGGUUUGGUUUUUGCUUUAUUCCUGAACAAUAAAAUUAAUUUUAUAUAUUUUUAUUUCAACCCUAACAAUGUGCUGCAGUCAACUGUAGAAAAUUUGCAUAACCAAUUUUUUCUAUUUGAAAUAAAAAAAAAUGCGCUAUACAGAUAUAAACACAUAGACAGAUAAGUCACCGGUUCACUUAGAAUAGGAAAUUUUCAGUAACUCUAUUUAAAUUAAUAUUUCCUCUGAUUCUGUUUUCAUAACCGAACAUUUGCCAUUAUCAUACCCAAGCACAGAACGGCUUUAUCAGAAAAGACACAUAGUCUCUUUUUACCAAUUAUUGUAAUUUACUUUUAUCUUGCAGGUAGUUUUUCCUAAAAUGUUUGUGAUAUAUAACAUUAUAUAUUUUAGUUGUUACAUGAUCUGCAAUGUUUUUUGUACAGUCUUUCUUUUACUUUUGUUUAGAGAGGGAAGGGUUUUUAUUGGGCUCUGUCUAUAUUUGUGACAUUUAAUUGUAAAGGUUAUAUUUUUGGUAAGACUUGUAAAUAUAAAACCUAACAAGGUAUAAGUAAAAGAAAGAGAUUAGCAAUAGAAAAAGAGAUGUUUAGACUAUCUGAUGCAUAACUUAGAGUUGCAUAUUAUUGUCAAAUUAAAAGCUAUUGAGCAAAGCUAACAA